GUGAUUUUGUGGAUUUUGCAGGUGCCAAGGGGGAGAAGGGAGAAGCUGGGCCACCAGGGCUGCCGGGRACUCCUGCUCCUCAAGGUCCAAAAGGCUCUAAAGGAGAAAGAGGAGGAAAAGGGGAGCCAGGGGAGAGAGGAGCGAGCGGGAGCCCCGGUUAUCCCGGCAAACCCGGGCUGCCAGGUGACACUGGAGCCAAAGGCAAUAAAGGCAACUACGGCUUCCCUGGGCUGAAGGGACAAAAGGGAGCGAAAGGGGACACGUGUGACAACGGGACCAAGGGAGACAAAGGGGACAGGGGGGACCCCGGAGAGCCGGGAGCGGGGGGAGAGCAGGGGGACAAGGGGGAGAAGGGGGACACGGGGGACAAGGGGUACUGCGGGGAGCCGGGGGGGAGAGGGGCCAAGGGCGAGCGGGGGGAAGGGGGCACCAAGGGGGAAAAGGGCAGCAAGGGGGACACGGGCACCGAGGGCGCUCGGGGCACAGCGGGCAAGCAGGGUGACAAGGGCGAGCAGGGCCGCAAGGGCAGCAAGGGCGAGCCCGGCCCCACAGGCACAGCCGGCCCCAAGGGCGAUCCCGGCCCCAAGGGYGGCCGAGGGGCUCCGGGCAGGAAGGGCUCCCGCGGCCCCAAAGGCUCCUCAGCGCCCGUCCCCCGAGCCCCACGCUCGGCUUUCAGCGCCGGUCUGACACGGCCCUUCCCUCCGCCACACGUGCCCAUCCGCUUCGACCGCGUGUGGUUCAACGAGAGCGCCGACUACGACCCCAACACCGGCAAAUUCCGCUGUGGCGUGCCCGGCGCUUAUGUCUUCUCGUACCACGUCACCGUCCGCGGCCGUCCUGCCCGCCUCAGCCUGGUGGCCAGUGGCCGGAGGGUGGCCAAGGCCAGGGACACGCUCUACGGGCAGGACAUCGACCAGGCCUCCUUCCUGACCAUCCUGCGCCUCAGGGCGGGCGACCAGGUGUGGCUGGAGGUGGCCAAGGACUGGAACGGGCUCUACGCCGGUGCUGAGGACGACAGCGUCUUCACGGGCUUCCUGCUGUACCCCGACGGCGUCGAGGUGCUGCUGUAGGGUCUGAGGGGACGCUGAGGGAUGGCCUUYCCUCCGCCUGGGAGAGGAGAAAUGGGCAGAACGUUGGUUUAGGUGUCAUUUUCUUGAUGUUUUAAUGAAAAUUUGUUUGUUUGAAGGAUUCACGCAUCCAUUUUUCAUCCAUUCAUCCAUUUUCCCGACAGCAGCAGGACCCACACGAGGAGGGGUCCCAUCCCAGCUCAUAAUUAUUCAUAGCAUCUUCAAACCACAUAAUGAGACUCCUUCCCAGCUCCUGCAAUCCUUGCAUGGUCCAAACUCCUUCUAGAAUCAGUUUGAUCACCGCUGAUUGUGAUCAAAGUGCCAGGGUUUGAUUUGAAGGGCUCAGCCAGAUGGGAACGUGAGCAGUAGAUUCCUUGAAAUCCCCCUGGAAAGAUCUGAAGCUUUUUUCUUGUUGAAUCAGUGUUAUUUAGUCCUUUAGCCUUUGGUCAAGGGUUAAUAUAAAAAUUUGUCUAAAAGAGUAUUAGAUCCAUGUAAACA